UUUUAACAGGAGGACCGAACUCAAAACCAAAACCCCCCACAAAACCCCCCACCAUUACACUGCGCUGCGCCUGGUGGCCGAUGAAAUGCCCCGCACCAACGUCAAAAUUCUCAGCACCCUCUUUCGCACCGCCGUUAAAGUAACCUCCUCUGCUCCUUCCAUCGUUAAAGACGCCGUUACUUCCACUAAAAAAAAGAAAUUACGCUCUCACCCUCCCCCUCCCCCUCCUCCACCUCCACCUCCACCUCCACCUCCUCCUCCUUCUUCAGGGGUAAAAUCGUCUUUGCGCAAGAAACCUUCUCAACAAAAUUAUCAAACUUCCUCCAACACCUCUAAUCCCCUUCCAGAAGGAGAUUCAGUUGAGCAAGCAACACAUGGCAUAUCUUCAAUAUUGUGUGGUACCACAGACUGGGAAAUCGAUGAUCCAUCUGACACGGAAGUGGCUAAUGAUGACAAGGCAUUAGAAGAUGAUUCUGACUUGCCUUGGUUUUCCAAUCUUUUUAAUAGCAGUAUGUCACUGCGUCGUAAAGAGUUAUCUCGGGAUCGAAAAAAUAAAUGGAUUUUCAAGAACACCCAAAAGCUACGUUUUGAUAAGUUGGUUAAUAUGUGCUUAGAUAAAGUGGGAUCAGGUUCAACUUUUCAUGUGUUAUAUAAAUUAGGUCGAGGGACAGGUUUGAAAGAGUAUAAUGCUUUCAUAAAAGGUUGCAUAGAGACAGCUAGAAAUAGCAAAGAUGAAUUGUUUCAGGUGCAACAGAUCUUGGAGGCAUAUCGGCUGCUUCAAUUGAUGAAGGAACGGGGUUUUCCAAUAGAAGAGGAUGCAUUUGGCCCAUUUUUCUUGUAUCUAAUUGACAUGCAUAUGGAUGAACAGUUUUCACUUCUUCUUGAGAUUGUUAAAGAGGAGGAUCCUAAUUUACAUCCACGAUUAGGCUACUAUGAGAUGCUUUUUUGGAUUGAGAUGAAUAACGAAGAAAAGGUUCAGGAGCUUUGCCAGCAGAUUGCCACUGGUGAGAGCGAAUUGGGAACAUUAUUGCAUGAAAAUUAUUUGUUGGCUCUGUGUGAAAGAGAUAGAAAGAAGGAGCUUCUUCAGUUGCUAGACAUCAUAGACAUAACCAGAGUUUCCUCGUUGGAUAAUGUAGCUAGCAUAUUUAGAUCUCUUGGGCGGCUAUCAUUGGAAGCUUUUGCAGAGUUGUUUGUCUUGGUAUUGAAAGAUUGUGAUCACAGGGCUGAAAGUAUUUCAGAUUUAAUCUACUCUUAUGCAUCUAGCUUGAGAAAUACAUCGGUUGAGGAAGUUAUUUUGAAAUUCAAAGAGAUGCAUGGAAAAAUGGAUCUUGCUCUUUUGGCUGGAUCAUAUGAGAAACUCAUUGAUUUUUGUCUUGAUUCCACUAAGGUCUAUAUGGCUUUGGAUUUAGUUGAUGAGAUGUGUGAAGCAGGUUUAUCCUUAUCCACGGGAGCACUCAAUGCCAUAUGUCAUGCCUGUGAGGAGAGCUGUGAAUAUAUGCUGGCUCGUCGGAUCUAUAAAAUGCUCUGUGACCACAAAUUGAAGCCAAAUACUGAGACGUUCAGAAGUAUUAUAAACUUGAACGUUAGAAUGAAAGAUUUUGAUAAUGCAUAUGCCGUGUUAAAAGAUUUGGGAAAGAUGAAUUUGGUGCCUUCAGCAAGUAUGUACAAUGCUAUAUUGGCUGGUUGUUAUAGAGAGAAAAACAAGAAUGGUGUGCUCAGGGUUCUCAAAGAAAUGAAAGAUGCGGAUGUCAAACCAGAUUCUCAGACUUUCAGCUAUCUGAUAAGCAACUGUGCAUGUGAAGAAGACAUUAUUAAGUAUUAUGAACAACUGGAGGAUGUUGGUGUUAAUCCAACAAAGCAAGUUUUCAUGGCACUCAUAAAUGCAUAUGCUGCAACUGGCCAAUUUGAGAAGGCCAAGGAGGUUGUCAAAGAGAAAGGAAUACUUACGAAGAACUUGCAUGAAAUCAAAAGUACUCUUGUCUCGUCUCUGGCAUCACAUGGAAAAAUGUCUGAUGCACUGGCCAUUUACAAGGAAAUGAAAAAGAAUGGUUUCUCUUUGGAGCCAAAGGCCGUUAUAUCUCUCAUCGAAAACCAGCAUUAUAAAGGAGACUUGAAGGUAUUGCUCAGCUUGCUUGAAGAUUUGAAUGAUCCACAAUAUUGGAUUGAUGGUUGCUGCAGACUUAUCUUGUACUGUGUUCGGAACAAGGAAUUGAGGACUGCUGUUGAUUUGUUGAAAAAACUUUCUGAUAAUUGUCGGGAUGAUGAUUUGGCUAGAGAAGUUAUUUUUGAUGAGGUAUUUUCACACAUUGCGGAUUCAGAGCAUCCUGAAUUGCAGAUCGGAAUAGACUUGCUCCAAGCUAUUAAGGAGGAUCUGAAGUUGUACCCUUCACGAAAAUGUCUGGAUUUUCUACUUAGUGCUUGUGUUAAUGGGAAGGAUCUCCAGAAAGCCCGAUUGGUGUGGAAGGAGUAUAAGAUAAAUGGUCUUCCAUACAACAUUUUAAGCUACUUGAGGAUGUACCAGGCAUUCCUGAUUUCAGGAGAUGCAGCAGCAGCCAAACAUUUUCUGAGUAAAAUACCGAAAGAUGAUCCACAUGUUCUGUCUGUGCUUCACGCGUGCCGUGUAACCUAUGCAAAGCCCAGGGAGGAAAAAAAGAAGGAAAAGAAAAAGAAAAAGAAGAAAAAAACAUAGAGGAAGAAGGGAGAGAGAUGGGUUGCACCAUUGAGAAUCUCCAAUUGAAAUGAUAGCUAGAGGUCAAGUGCUCUUGCUUGUUAAUAUCUUGUUUUUUGAUUAUCAUCUCACUUUCAGUGAUUAACCGAAGGCCAUUUCUUCUUACGGAAGGUUCCUUGGGCUUUACCGCCAUAAUUUGAGUUGGCUUAAGCUAAAGGAUCAGAUUAAUUUUCAUUCAUUCGAACGGAGUCGUGCUCAUGGAUGAUGACUCAUGCUAGUUCAUACUUGUCGAUGGGACUACUCCAUCCUGUUGAAGUUGUAAAAGUCUGGAUUAAAGCUUGGAUCGCCUAACUAUCCUUGAGAAAGUAUAUACGGGAUAGUUGAAGUUUGUACACUUCGUUUAAGCUCAAUUUUUUUGGCUGGAUCAUCAUGAACAUAUGAUGAAUUACAGAGAAAUAGGAAUUUAGUUCUUUGCCAAGCAAGCUUUCUUGUGCUACAUUUAAUUUUCUUGAAGCUGAUUAAUGGAAGUCAGAUGUUGUAAGAGCGAAUCAUUGUGAGAAUCAAGGGAUAUGACAAAUUUAAAUAAACAUUGCAUUAAGAAUGCAAAGUUUUUCCUCU